GAAUGUAAAAGGAGAGAGAAGUGAGCAUCGGAGAGAGAAGGAUUGAGUCAGACAGAGGCUUUAACACCUCUCAGCCCAGGGCUGCGAAUUCUAUUAAUCCUUAAAGUACUUAUUUACGUUGCCAAGACCAAACGCCAAACACCAUGUCAACCGCACAGAAUCUUGCCCCUCCUCCAGUUGCCUGGGCACAGAGGAAACACCUGGUGUUCCUCACCAUUUGUGUGGAAGAUUGCAAAAGUCCUACAAUUAAUAUAGAAGAAAAUAAAAUAUAUUUCAAGGGCACUGGUGGAACAGAAAAGAAAGACUAUGAAUAUACGUAUGAUCUCUUUAAAGAAGUUGACCCUGAAAAAAGCCGUAGCUUUGUCCGCGCUCGUAACAUAGAGCUGAUAUUGACCAAGAAGGACGAUGGACCUUUCUGGCCACACCUUCUUAAACAAAAAAUGAAGCAACAUUGGCUUAAGGUAGACUUCAGCAGGUGGAAGGAUGAAGAUGAUAGUGAUGAUGAAGGAGAAGGUCAGAACCAAGAUCUUGAAGAGGUAAUGCGUCAGAUGGGUGGCUUGGGUGGUGACAGCCGGCCAUCUUUGGAUGAUCUUGAAGAUGAAGAUUCAGACGAUGAAGAUCUCCCAGACUUGGAGUAAUUGUACCUCAAGGCUGCAGAGGCCUUCGUGGACCACAUCUGAUCAUGGGGGCAAGAAAGCUACGUCCCACAUUUAAGUGGUGUAGCUUCUGAAGUUAAAGUGUGCAUAUUCCAUAGUUAACUCCCAAGGGACAAAGUUGAUAUGUGAUAUUCAUCCAAGUUGAAACAAAACAAAGAUGACUAUCCUAUGGGGCCUGUGCGCUUGAAAGACUUGACUAUCUGCCCCCCAUGUGAAAGGUUGCAGUGCUGAUGGACUAGUGGCUUUAUACCAUUACAAUACAAGGAGAAAAAUACCAAAUUCUUUCAAUAUACAUAACAGAAAUAAGCUAUGCUUGCACCAAACAUACCUUUACAGCUUUUAUAGAAAAUUCAAAUACAGUACCAAAUUCUACUGGCAGUGGAAGAAAAUAAAUUCUGAUCUGUGAGGAUUUCUUUUCAGAAUCCUUAAUUAAAGUGUGUGUGUUGGUGGUACUGUAUAUAGAAUUUACAGAUUCCUUUCAAAAGAUAGGUAGAGUAAGUAGAUGGUCUUGUUUAUACUGGGAGAAAUUUUCAUAUUUGGAGUCUGUUCUUUCAAUAAAUAAUCAGAUAAGAAUGUGUUGGUUUGUUCAACAGGUCAGGCAACUCAAGGUUAUUUUUAACCAGAUAAUGUAUUUUUUUUUUAUUUGUAGUAAUAGGUUGACGAAUACUGGUAUAUAGAAGCUGAAUUUGAGGAAAAUUAAUAAUGUAGUUGUUAAAAGGAGUACCUGUAUGUAAUAUUAAAGUUGAGUUGGUUUCAUACAUUUUGUAAAAAGAGUGUAUCCAUAUGCGAGGUGGUGAUCUUGACGUGUGUUUGUGAAUGUAAUGUGGGAUGCUAAUUUAGCUCUUUACCCCUUAAUUGUAUUUGCAAUUGUAUGUUAAGGCAUAGUUAUCUGGUAUAGCCACUGAUGUUUGUAAAAUAUAAUAGACCAUCUAUUUGCCUUAAUGUUAAAAAUGAAAGUUUCUUACAAAUGCCAUAUCAUAAGAACUCGAAACAUCCACAUUAUAAAAAUUAAACUUCCAAUACACCAAAUGCAA